ACAACAAGGGGACGGACGGAGCAGGGAAUUUGGUGUACCUUCCUCCUCCCCAAGACGUGAUUCAUUCAUAAUCCUAUAACUUUUAGCACUAUGAAAUCAAUACAAUAUCCAGAAUAAAACUUCAGAGCAAACUUAAGCUAUAGGAUGCCAUUGUUUGGUUCAUCUAAAAAAAGUCCGCAGGAUAUCUGCAAAAACUUGAUUGAGUCGUUACAAGUUCUACAGGCUGAUACAUCAGGAAAACGUUCAGAAAAGGCAAUCGAGGAUGUUACAAAGCAAUUACAAGCAUGUAAAACUAUUCUGUUUAAAGUAGGAGAUCAAGAUCCUCAGACAGAACUGGUAGCCCAACUGUCACAAGAAUUUUAUGCUAAUGACAUUUUUCUAAGCAUUGUCAAAAAUUUAUCUAAGUUGGACUUUGAGGCUAAAAAAGAUGUUGUUCAGAUAUUUGGCAUUCUUUUACGGAGACAAAUUGGUGCCAGAUUUCCAACUGUUGACUUCUUACACACUAAGAAUGAGGUGUUAUUUGUUCUACUAGAAGGGUAUGAACAACAAGAUGUUGCAUUGAAUUCUGGAAUGAUUUUACGUGAGUGUUUGCGUUUUGAACCUUUGGCAAAGUUAAUGGUAAAUUCCGAAAAAUUCUUCGACUUAUUUAAUUAUGUUGAACUAUCUACUUUCGAUGUUGCAUCUGACGCCUUUAGCACAUUUAAGGAGUUACUAUCAAGACACAAAGUGAUUAGUGCUGAAUUCCUGGAGAAAAAUUAUGAUCAGGUGUUUUCAAGGUACAGAGUAUUAUUAGAUUCUGAAAAUUAUGUCACAAAGAGACAAUCGUUGAAGCUGCUUGGAGAACUUUUGCUCGAUCGGCAUAAUUUUGUUGUCAUGACAAAAUAUAUUAGUAAUCCUGAAAACUUAAAACUAAUGAUGAAUCUACUACGCGACAAAAGCCGUAAUAUUCAAUUCGAGGCAUUUCAUGUUUUUAAGGUAUUUGUUGCCAACCCAAACAAAACUGCACCGAUAUUAGAUAUUCUACUGAAAAACAAAGAUAAACUUGUCGAGUUCCUAUUAAACUUUCACACUGACAGAACAGAAGACGAACAAUUUAAUGAUGAAAAAACGUACUUAAUCAAACAAAUCAAAGAGUUACAACCUCAAACUGCAAUGCCAACACAAAUGGACGCAGCGACGGAAUAAAACGAUGAAUUUCAAAAAGUCGUUUCGCACUGGCACAGAUUGUUUUUAAUUAAGAUGAAAUAGUUUUGUUCUUUUUCAAUUCUGUCUUUUGUGUAAUUAGCCAUUCUAUGAUGUUUUAUCAAUCUACAUUGACCGCGCUGUUACAUGUUUAUACGGGAAUUUUUUAUCUAAUUUUAACCAAGUAAUGGUAAACACUUAACCAGUUGAGAAAGUCUUGUGAAGUUCCCACCAUGGCAGUUGAAAGUAUUUUCAUUUACCGCGAAAAUUUAAGUAAGUGUUUAACAUUGUUACCUGGCAAAUUCCUAUAAAUUUUGGUUGGUUGAAUAAAGGUUGAAUCAUUCGCAGACCUCCUCGUAGAAGGACCAAAGGAAUUAUGAAACUUUAUUAUAUAAUAAAAUGUUUUUAUGUUCAGACUUGUGUUUUGUAUUGAUUGCAUGUCUGUAUGUAUAAUAUGGAGGUAUGAGGUAAAUGGAGUACAAAAAUAAAAUAUUGCAUUUUUUAAA